AAUUCCCCUAACUAUUCUUGAUCGUUUUGAGAGCUUUCACGCUUUACUGAUUUGCUUUUAAACUUUUAAACCAACUUACGAAGGUGAACAUUCUUUUAUAGAAUAUUUUGAUUUAGUAAUACUAAUUUCGAUACCCUUCUUCCUGCUGCUUUUAUCAGAACUUUCCUAGUAAAAGCAUUGCCAUUUUGUUAUUACUGCUGUUGUUACACGUCAGUUCUUUGUACUGCCUUUUUUUUCCAAGUUUCCCGCUAUGGCCACUCCAGCUGAAAUUAUUGCCGCCCGUGUCAACGGUACCUAUUUAGGCGAUUCGAUUGAUUCUUCUUCUGAUUCUAACUCUAAUUUUGAAUUAAAUGGGGUUAAUGGAUCUGAUAAUCAACCUUCUACUGGUUCUUCUGCUGCUAAUCCUCCUUCCAUUGCUGACGAAUCGGCUUUUCCAACUUUGGGUGGUAAGAAAUCUUCUAAUGGUUCUUCUGCUUCUGCUCCUUCUUGGGGUCCUGGUAUUAAAAAUUCUGUUUCUAAUAACGCUAUGUCUGGUUCUGGCUUAAAAGCCGGAUCGCCUGUUGCUGCUAUUGGUAUUAACAAUGGUAAAUUCAAGGCUUCUACCAUUCAAGAUGCUUUUUCAUUAGACGCUGAAGAUCAAUUGAAUGUUGCUAGACCAGAAUUUAUUAAAAUCUUAACUAAUGUUAAAGCUGAAACAAAUACUAACAUUGAAUGUACUACUUCUCAACAUACUAAAAAGAGAACUUUCUUGAUUACCGGUAAGCCUGAACAAGUUAAACAAGCUAAAAGAAUUGUUAUCAAAAAAUUAACUAAACCAAUUUCUGUCGCUUUUACCAUUCCUGCUGCCGUUAGAUUUAGAAUUAUUGGUCAACAAGGCCGUACUAUUAAGUCAAUAAUUCAAGAAAAUGAAGUCAAAAUUGAUGUUGGUAAUCCUCAAGAUACUGAAUCUAAUAGUGACGACGAUGAUGAUGCUUUUGCUCAAACCGUUAAUGUUACUAUUGAAGGGGAUGUUGAAGGUUGUAAACAUGCUAAGGCUCAAAUCUUAGCCAUUGUUAAAGAAGAAACAAAGAAUUUAUCCACUAGAGUCACUAUCGAUGAUCUUGUCAAACCAUUUGUUUCUAAAGCUAUCUCUCCAGUCAUUGCUAAAUACCCUGAUUUGGAUAUCUCAGCUCCAAGCUACAAAUCUUCGUCAUCAAAGAUUGUUAUUGUCGGUGAUAGAGAAGAGGCUUUAGAAGCAAAAGAUGAAAUCAAGGAUAUUGUUUCUACUCUUUCUACUAAGAUAGUUACUGAAGAAGUUCCAAUUCCAAAAGUUAAGCACCAAUUCUUACCUGUUGAUUCUGUAUUGGAAGAACACAAUGUUUUGAUUCAAUUACCUCGUCAUAGUGAAUCUAGUGUUAAAUUCAUUGGUGAAAAGAAAAAAUUGGCUUUUGCAAAAGAAAGUGCCAGAAAAACUACUUCUCAAUAUAAUGUUGAAGUUUUAGAUAUGGCUAAAGCCCAUAAAGGAAAUUUACCUCAUGUCAAAUCUGUUGCUGCUUUAUUAAGCAAGAAUGGUUCUUUUGAAAAAAUUUCUAACGAACAUGAUGUUAGUGUUAAUGCACCAUCUGUCAAAUCCUUGAAAGAUUCUUCAAUUGCUUCAAUUCCAAUUGAAAUUGUUGUUAAAGGUAAUGAUGUUGAAAAAACAAAAGCUACUAAAAAAUCUAUUGUCACCUUGGUUAACAAAAUUACUCCAGAACAAACUAAGGUUAUUUCUGAUAUCGAUCAAUUCUUGAUCAACCAAAUUCCAAAAACAAUUGAUGAAGUUGCCUUUGCCAAUAACAUUUCUUAUGUUGUAUUAGGUAAAAACAUUACUCUUUUCUCAAACGAAGAAUCUGAAGAAACUGAUUUCGAUUUUGUUGAUACUACUCAAUCAUCUGAAGGUUUCAACAAAGUUGAUGAAGCUCUCAACAAGUUGAGAGAAUUAGCUGCUAAUUUGGAAUCUCUCACUUUAUCCAUUCCAAGUGAUGAACAAUCUAAUAUCUCUGGUCCAAGAAAUACUACCUUGAAUGCUGUAUUAUCAUCUGUUGAACCAAACUCCGUGACAAUUAAGUUGCAUUCUAAUGAAUCCGGGGAAUCAGCAGAUGAAGUUUUCAUUCACGGUAUUAAAUCGGAAGUUAAUAAGAUCAAGAAAGAUAUUGAAUCCAUUUUAUCUGAUGCCAAAGAAUAUAAAGAUGGUUUCAAGACUACCUUUGAAGUUCCAUCCUCUGUUUUAUCUAGAAUUAUCGGUAAAGGUGGUAGUAAUGUUCAAUCUUUGAAGGAAAAAUAUGGUGUCAAAAUUGAUGUUACUGAUGAAAAUAAAGAUGCUGGUAAUGAUAAAUCAAUUAAAUCAGAAAUCACCAUCACUGGUGCUAAGAAGAAUGCUGAAGAAGCUAAGUCCGAUAUUCUUUUUUCUUCUAAAAGAUUUGCUGAUGAAUCUUUGGAAAGAUUAAGAAUCGAAAAUCAAUAUCAUAGAAGAAUCAUUGGUCCAAACUUUAGCUAUAUUAAUAGAUUGCAAGAUAAGUAUAAUGUUAAAAUCAGAUUCCCUUCUGCUGAUAAUACUCCAUCAACUUUUGCUGAUGCUCCAAAAUCAAAGGAUGAAGUCACCAUCAAAGGACCAUCCAAAGGUGUUGCUAAAGCUGUUGAAGAAUUAAAGGAAUUGCAUCAAUUCGAAAAAGAAAACGGGUUCAAGCAAACCAUUCAAGUUCCAACUAAGGCCGUUCCAAGAGUCAUCGGUAAAUCCGGUGAAACCAUCAGAGAUAUAGCUGAUGGUAGUGGUGUUGAAUAUAGAUUCAAUAGAUCCAACAACUCUGAAGAAGAACUUGGUUAUGCUGAACUUGAAUUGACUGGUUCUAAAUCUGCUUUGAAAGAAGCUGCCAAAAAAAUUAAUGACAUUGUUGACGAAAUUGAAAAUUUCGUCUCCAUCUCAAUUAAUGUUAAUCCAAAAUAUCACCGUGACUUAAUCGGUCAAGGUGGUUCAGUCAUGAGAGAAAUAAUUUCCAAAGCUGGGGGUGCUGAUGUUCCAAGAAAUAGAUAUUAUAAAUUAUUAACCAUUCCAAAUGAAGGAUCAGGCUCUGAUGAAGUCACUUCUCAAGGUGACAAAGCCAUUGUUAAUAAGAUUAUCGAACAAAUCAAAGACAUUGUUGCUCUCAAAGAAGCUAGCAUUAUUGUUGAAUAUGAAUUACCUAAAGAAAAACAUAGAUUAAUCAUUGGUCCAGGUGGCUCCAUCCGUUCAGAAUUACAAAAGACUUAUGAAACCUCUAUUGAUAUUCCAAGACCAAACGAUCAAAGUACAAUUGUUAAAUUGUCUGGUUUACCAGACAAAAUCGAAGCUUUGAAGGCCAAGUUAGAUGAAAUCACCAAAGAUGAUUGGAAUGUAUCCAUUGAUGUUCCUGAACGUUAUCAUUCCUUAGUAUCUGAAAAAGGUGCCAUCUUCAAAAAAUUGAAAAAUGAUUACAAAGUUGAAGUUCAGCAUGGUACUUUAACUAGACUUGCUUCUAAAUUAUCUGGUUCUGCAAGUCCAAAUCCUCCAGAAGAAGCACACCCAGAAAAUAAUGAGAAGACUAAGUUCACUAUUUCAUCUCUUGCUGAAGGUGAAAUUUCUGAGACUGUUAUUCCAUGGAGAUUAAAAGGUGAAGAAAAAGAUACUAAAAAAGCAGCAGAACUUAUCAACCAACGUUUAGAAAAUGCUAAAAAUGCUAGUGCUGCUGCUUGGUUCUAUUCUGCUAAUCCUUCCUCCUUCACCAAGGUUGUUGGGCCAUUAGGUUCUGUAGUUAAUGAUAUUAGAUCAAAAACCAAUACUUUCAUUACUGUUCCAAGAUCCAAUGAAAAGAAUUCUAAUUUCAUUUAUUUAGUUGGUUCUCCAGAUAACUUGAAACUCGCUGAAGAAUCAAUCAAAAGUUUGCUUUGAGUUUAUUGUAUAUAGUACAUAAAAAAUUUUGAAUUG